AUGAGCCGGGCGGACAUGGUUCACUACUUGGACGUGAGAGGUUGGUGGGACGCGGGCGAGUGCGAGUGGUGCUUCGACCGCGCAGUGGCCUACCGGGCUGAGCAUGCUCUUGGCAUACUUGGCCCCAGCCAUGCUGCUCGAGUGGAUGCUGAGCCUCGUGUGGACGUGCUCAUGGACCUGGGGAAAAUCAGAUCCAGCCUGCCCGCGAUCCUGGGUUCCGCGUGUGCUGCUGGAAACCCCGCUGCUCCAUCUGUCCCUGCUGGUUCUCCUGCUACCUGUGAUGCUUCUCCAGCGUGGUCCUUCUGCUGGCGCUGCAGCAGCUGCUGGGCUGCCUACCGCCGUGCUGUCAGCUUCGCUACCUUCCUCGUGCUAGUGGCAAGAUCACCCCGUGUUGCAACUCUAUGGAAGGCCCGCAUAGACACAGCCUCUGCAACAUUGGCGGCUCUUGUGUCUGAGCUUGGGGUGUGCAGGCAGGAGGAGCAGGACUGCUUUGCUUCAACGCUGGUGCAGGUGCUGGGGGUGAAGGAGAGUGCUGAUCUGCAGGAAGGGUUCGGCUUUUUCAUGCAGCAUCUUCUGCGUGACAGCGUGGAGAAGGUGCAGGCAGAGGGGAAGCGGGAGAAAGGGAAGAGAGCUUUCGCUUUGGGCAAUGCGGGGCCAAUUGCAACGGUUGCGAUGAAGCUGAUGGGAGGUGGCAGGGGAGUAGAGAGCAUUGGAGGAGGCCGUACGGUGGGCCUGGGGGGAAUUCUGCCGGCCCCAGGGGUUAGGGAGGAUGGAGGAGACGGGAACGGCGGCAGUCAGGGGAGGGAUGGAGGUGCGGGCAAUGGGGCCAGAACUUUCAGGGAUGUUGGAUGGAGAGAGCAUCUGAAGGGGCGUGAGUGGGAGAGGUAUGUGGAUGGCAUGGCUUGGAUUUUGGAGCAUGGAGGGGGGGAAGGGAGGGGGCUCAGUGUUCUCCAAGCCAGAGUUCCGUGA